AUCGGUUUUCUGGAUCUUGAUUGGUGAAAAUCGGGUUCGUGACGUGGCGAGUUUAGCGAUUUCCUAUUCGUUUGGAGAAUUCAAUGUAAUUAGAAGACGAUAUUGAAGAAAAAAAAUAUGGUCACGUGAUGUUAAAGCGCCAUGUUGGUACUAACGACGAAAGUUUGUGGCAGGGUUAUUUAAAUAUGAAUUCGCCGGUACCUAGUGACAUAUUCAAAUAUAUUAUUGUGUUUCUAUAUAAUUUUUAAGGAUUACCAUAGAGUCUAGGCCAUGAGCUGUGUAGAUUCAGAAGGAAAAGUGUCUGAAACUGAUAUAGGAAAAAAUUGUAGUAAUGAAGAAGUUAAUAAAGGCAAGCCUUGUAUUGAUUUCCAACCUGAUGAAAGAUGGCAAAUCAAAGAAGAUGCUGAAAAUCAUGAAAAUGUGCCAAAUUCCAAAGUCAAUGAUAUUAACUGUUCGAAUGGGCGUAGAUCACAGAGACUUCGAAGUGCAAGAUCAAAGGAUUCGUCAAUUGUUAAUGGAGAAGCAGAAGGGUCAAAUUCAGAUAAUGAUGUAAUUAGAAAUACUAAUGAUGAAUCAAAUGUAUCUCUUACAGAUGCGUCUGACAAAGAGAAGAUGAAUAGUAAACGGAAGCAAUCUGAUAUUGAGGCAGAAUUAAAUAGUAUUCAGCAAUCUGAUAAUACUUCUAAAAAAAUGAAAUUGAAUGAGGCAGAAAGUACUGGUGAUAACGAAAAGUGUAAUGGAGAUACAAGUACUGAAAAUUGUGAUACAGCUGAUGUAACAGAUUCGAAUGAAAAAGUAACUGUGCCUGAUCAUUCUUCUUUAACUUGUAUUGCUCCUGAAGAAUCAGGAAAUAAUUCUACUGACUUGAAUAAUUCUGUGGAAAUUGUUGAAAAUGAAAAUAAAGAAUCUACAAGUUCUGAGAAUUCAUGUACAAGUGAGACGAAGAGCUUGGAAGUUCUUGAUAAAGCAGCGGAUGAUAUAAAAAUUAAGCAAGAGAAAGAUAAUGAUGGAGAAAGCAAAAGUAAGGAAACUAAUUAUGAUGCUGACAUUGAAAUUAUCAGUGUAACUAGUAAGAAAGUUGAAAAUGACCCAGAUAUUCAAAUCAUAAAUGUAGAUGAAACUGAGUCUAAAUCUGUUGUUUCUGAAUUUCCCAACUAUAAUUCUUGUGAUAGUGAUGUUAGUCUCACAGCAGGAUUUCCAUAUUAUAAUUCUUUAAAAGAAAAAAUUAAUGGAUUUAAAGCUGGUGAAUAUAAACCUGUAAAAUUUCCUCAUACAGGUACUUUACUUCUUGCUGAAAAUGAAGUCAUUAUAGAAAGUCCAUCUCUACUUGUGCCCUUGCUUAUAAAAGAGAGUGAUGAAUUUCCAAAACCAGGAGAAGGAAAAAAAGACAAUGGGGAUAGUUCUACCAUCGUUAAACCAAAUGUGAUUUCCAAGAAAAAUUUCUUUCAGAGUUCAGUUGGGCAAUUUCUUAUAAAUUUAGGUAUGAGUAGGGUUGAAGAAUGGUAUCACAGAGAUAUGAAACGUUCUAAAUUAAAGCAAUUAAAAUCAAAUAAACCAUCUGAAGAGGAUUUAGAAAAGACUGUUGAAUUCCAUGAAAAGCGGCAUAAUGAAUUAAAGGAAAUCAAUGCCGCAUUUAAUUUUCGAAUUCGCCAGUGUAGGCAUUGUAAUUACAAAACUGAAUCUCUAUUAGUUAUGGAUGGCCAUUUAUUGACCCCUCAUUUAAGUCAAAGAAGAGAAUUUAAAUGUAACUUUUGUGUAUUUUUGACUAGAGACCCUGAGCAAAUAAAAUUUCAUUUUGAAGCUAUGCAUGGGAAAAAGGCAAUAAUGGAAGCAGAAAUACCUUUUUAUGAAUGUAUAUUUUGUUCUUUUCAAACGAAUUUAAAAACAAAAAUUAAUGGUCAUAUGAAUCGUUGCCGUAAGCAUUUUAUUCCUUCACAAAAUUUGGCACCUCCUUUUGAUUUUGAAUUUCCAGGUGUUACAACAAAACCAGUCACAAUAGCUGAUGUCAUUGGUCAUAGAAGACUGUUACUCAACUCAGCUUCAGCCAAAAACAGACAACCCAUGUUAGAAGAUGCCAACAGUGCCUAUGCAAGGAAGAAACUUGCAUCUGUAUUAAAUAAAUUAUCAGUUCCAAAUGCUUUUGAUGAUUCCAAAAAUCCCAAUUUGAUGAAACAGUUGAUGAAAAAUCAAACUCAACUACCUCCAAUAUCAGCAGCAUCUAAUAUACAAUUACCUCCUGGUAUUGUAAUAACAAGACCAAGAGGCACACCAAUUCAACAGAUGCAGCCUGUUGUGAGGUAUCCUCAACCAAGAGGAAUUCAAACUAUACGUGGUCAAGUCCCAAGACCUCGUGGGCCUCCAUAUAAUAGCAAUAUUACAUCUGCAGCAUCACAUUUAGCUUCUGCUGGUAUAUCAAUAACACCUGUUUCUAGAACCUCAAUCCUUCCUCGAACCACCCCAGUUGGAAGUAUAAGGAAUGUUACUUUAACGCCAAUUAGCACUGCCUCAAAUCGAACUGUUUCACCAAAGCCUGGACCUCCUCAACCUGUUGCUUUGUUUACAAAUAUGGCUGGAUCUACUGGACUAUUAGGCCAACCACAAGCUCGGUUACCUGUAAAUGUGAACAUAAGACAGUUGAGACCAGCUGCACCUUAUCAGCGACUGAACACUCCUCCGUCUCAAGUUGUUAAAGGUAGUUCCGGCAAUACAUUUGUUGUUUGUGAAAUUUGUGAUGCCUAUAUCAAAGAUCUUGAGGAAUUAAGGACACAUAUGAAUUGGGUACAUAAAGUAAAAAUUCACCCAAAAAUGCUUGUAAGUAGACCCCCUUUGAAUUGUCAAAAAUGUCAGUGGAGGUUUUUCACAGAUCAGGGACUUGAGCGGCAUUUACUUGGUGCUCAUGGUUUGGUUACCACCAAUAUGCAAGAAAUGGCCAACAAAAAUCAAGAUGGUGGAAGAUGUAUCAUAUGUGGUGCUGUGUUUACAUACAAAUUGGUAUCUCACAUGACUCAGGUCCAUAAAGUAACUCUUAAACCUGCUCAUUUGUCUUAUAAAUGUACUGUUUGCACUGCCACUUUUACACUGUAUAGAUUGUUUGAGAGCCAUGUGUAUAAUGUUCAUAGUGGUUCUGCGAAGCGUCCUGCUGAUGAUUCUGCAUCUGAACCUCCAGCUAAAAAGAUUGCAGAUGAUUCUGCUCCAAAGCGUUGUAAAGAAUGUAAUGUUGUUACUGAAAAUAUGCAUGAACAUGUCAUAAAGAAACACAUAAAAAAUUGUUCUGUGAAAUUAUGCCGCAUUGAAAAGUGUAAAAAAUGCUUGUAUUCAUCAGAUGAGAUGAUAUUAAUUCGAAUGUCUGAUUUUGGUAUCGAUGAAGAUGAUAGUGGUGAUGAUUCUGAUUCUUCUGAUGACUCCUCUGAUGAAGAUGAGGACACAAAGACUUGAAGUAGGUUGAUCUGAAAAAUAAAAUCUUUGACACCUAUUAAGACUUUGAUGGAAAAAUGUUGUUAGUAGCUCAGGGUUCUUUUUCCACAAGGUCUAGUUAGAGCUGAAUACUCUUCUUACAAGAAUGUGAGGUUUUAAAAAUGGAUGCAAUUUAAACUGCUAAUGCUUGAGGCAUUUCUUCAUGAUGAUGAAUUUCAUCAUUCAAUUGUAUAUACACUAUCUGAUCUUGCAUCAAGACUUCAUUUUCUAAAUUGCAAACUUUUAAAGAAACAAGAAAUGAUAUUGUGUUCAAAAAAAGAAUGAAUUCAUAUUUACUGUGCAGAUUCCAAUUUGAUCCUUCCUAACCUGUAAAUACCUCAUUAGAUGGCUGACUUGGUAAAUGGAUAUUUUGAGUGUUGGUGGAACUUCUAUUAUUUUCAACUCAUUGCUUCUAUUAUGCAAUUAGUUUUAAAUGAAAUGCAGAUGUAACUUUUCAGGUGUAUAAAAGGUGCCUUUAUUCUUGAAUCUAAAUUUUAAUAUUUCAACCUGCUGCUGAGCAGUUUUGUCUUCACCAUCAUUUAUUGGUGUAAAUAUAUUGAGAAAAAAAGUCCAUUCAGCUUUAUCUAGUUUAUCUUCAUGUAAAUAUGGGAAGUGUUUAUUUUGUUGAAUUGCAAUUUUUAAUAUUUAAUAGAGAAUUUUUUUCUUUCAAAUUUUUAAAUCCAAAAUGGAUUUUAAGUUGUAAUCAGCUAUGCAAGCACAAAAAAAUUCAUACUUUUCUCAGCUCCCUCCCCCUUUUUUUCUUUUUUUUUCUUUUCCCCACCCUGUCAAAAGUUGUAGAAUCAUGUUUCAUUCUUUCAUUAUUUUUGAAGUAGUGCAAGCAUACUAAAAUGUGUUAUUUUGAAACUGAAUUAUGUAGAGGUGCAGUAUCUUAAGCUGCUUGUACAAUAUGUUAUUAGAUUAUGUUUAGAACACCAAAUAUAAUUUAUUUUAAUUUAUAAUAAAAUAUUUAUAGAAAAAUUUUGGGAAGAGUCAUAUUGAAAUAAAUUACAUUGAAACGUU